AUUGAAAAUUCUCCUUAACCAGUAACAUUCUAGUUACUUCUAAGUCAGCUAACUUUACAGUCUUGGAUGUGCGGCUAAGUUCAUACCACUAUUUCUUUUCUUGUUAACAUCGUUAGAAAGCGCAAGCCAAUAUGGGGCGACGACCAGCUAGAUGCUAUCGAUAUUGUAAGAACAAACCUUACCCAAAAUCAAGAUUUUGUCGUGGUGUGCCUGAUCCAAAGAUACGUAUUUUCGAUCUUGGAAAAAAGAAAGCCUCUGUAGAGGAUUUCCCAUUAUGUGUACAUUUAGUGUCAGAUGAAUACGAGCAGCUCAGUUCAGAAGCACUUGAAGCUGGACGUAUUUGUGCAAAUAAAUACAUGGUGAAAAAUGCUGGAAAAGAUCAAUUCCACAUUCGUAUGAGACUUCAUCCAUUCCAUGUUAUUCGCAUUAAUAAGAUGUUGUCGUGUGCUGGAGCUGAUAGACUCCAAACUGGAAUGCGAGGAGCUUUUGGUAAACCGCAGGGAACCGUAGCUAGAGUACAUAUUGGACAACCUAUUAUGAGUGUACGUUCAUCGGAUCGUCAUAAGGCUGCUGUUAUUGAAGCAUUACGUCGUGCAAAAUUUAAGUUCCCCGGUCGUCAGAAAAUUUACGUUUCAAAGAAGUGGGGAUUUACCAAGUAUGACCGUACCGAAUACGAAGAUCUAAAAACAGCAGGUCGUCUUGCUCCAGACGGUUGCAAUGUCAAGUAUUUGCCUGAACACGGCCCUCUCGAUGAGUGGAAGAAGUUCAGAAAAAUUCUUAAUACUACUGUCUAAAUAAAAAAUAAUCUUUUGGUCCUUAAUUUGAUUAAACCAAUUAUAAACAAA